CUCCCGUCCUGUUGAGAAAUCCACUGAGAUACUCAUCGCAGAGCUUCAUCCGAAGCCUGCUCCUCCGCUCCCACACUGAAGCGCAACAGCCUUCAAACUGAAGAGAAGACAGACUGUGAACAAACGUCGUCAUGAACUGGGCAUUCCUCCAGGGUCUCCUCAGCGGGGUGAACAAGUACUCCACAGCCUUCGGCCGAGUGUGGCUCUCUAUAGUUUUCCUCUUCAGGGUCAUGGUGUUUGUGGUGGCUGCGGAGAAGGUAUGGGGCGACGAACAGAAAGACUUCAAAUGCAACACGGCUCAACCCGGGUGCCACAACGUCUGCUAUGACCACUUCUUCCCCGUGUCCCAUGUGCGGCUUUGGGCUCUGCAGCUCAUCUUCGUCACCUGCCCCUCUCUCCUGGUGGUGAUGCACGUGGCCUACAGGGACGACAGGGAACGGAAACACCGGCUCAAGUAUGGCGAGAACUGCCGCACCCUCUACCUGAACACGGGCAAGAAGCGCGGAGGCCUGUGGUGGACCUAUGUCCUUACUUUGGUCUUCAAAAUAGGUGUGGACACCACCUUCGUCUACCUCCUCUACCACAUCUACGAGGGUUACGACUUCCCCUCGCUCAUUAAGUGCGAAGAGAAGCCCUGCCCCAACAAGGUGGACUGCUUCAUCGCUCGGCCCACUGAGAAGCGCAUCUUCACCAUCUUCAUGGUGGUCACCAGUUUGGCCUGCAUCCUCCUCUCUAUUUUCGAAAUCGUCUACCUGAUUGGCAAACGCUGCCGUGAAUGUUUUGUAUCGGUGCAUAAAUCUCGCCACGUCAUGACCAACACGAUGUCCAGUGGAAGCACCUUGAUGGAUUCUAACAGGCUGAAGGUUCAUCCUGGCAAAGGCACCCCUGAUACGCCAGCUCCUUCAUACAGAUUGGUCAUAUCUUGAUACUGAGAUUAGUGCCAAAGACCUAAUGAAUGUUGUGGGAAAGGAAAUAUCCUCCCUCUACAGGCGCUUUCUUAAAAGACUUGUCGACAGACAUUUGUGUGCUCAGAGACUGAACUACAAUGGAGUUAGUUCUGUACUGUUUUUGUGUCCACUGUCAGAUAUUUUAAAAAUUCUGGACCCCAAGACAUAUGUGCCAUUGAUCUGGAAUGUGUUCACUGCUGUGGGUUUGAGUAUGUUUUAGAGUUGAAGUUUUACAGCCCUUACAAAGUUUGUGUGAUUCAGAUUCAGCCUUGAGACCAAUUACAUGAGUCACCCCAUGGUUUGGCGAUGGUUUUAGAAACACAUGUGGUUUUCUGUGUAAAGUUUUCCUCUGCUCAGAGCUCAGCCCAGAAAUGUUUAGUUCAAACUGUACUGUGUCUUUCUCCCCCUUAAUUACACGUUCAUAUCUGACUCUGUGAAUACUUUACAUAAUUUAUCAAAAGGUUUGAAAGACUUCUCAGACCUGUUUUAAACCACUUCCUGUACACAGGCAGAAGAAAACAAUGAAGUGGAAAGGCAGGCUUGUAAACAUUAAUAAUAUCAGGAUUUGUGGCUGCAUCGU